CCACUCUUCUCCUCUCGUGAAUUCUGAAUGUCCCCGAUGUGCUCCUCCAAACCUCCAGGCUCGCCGAUUUCAAACUCAGCCAACACCGACACCGAGUCGUGAAGCGGACUGCUCGAGCUCCAUUCGUCCGCCCGCCCAAUCACCAAUUACCCACCGCCAUCGCAACCGCUCUGUCCACCACCUUGCUGCUGCUCGAGCCGCCUGCCAUCGAUCGUACGCCUGUUCAAUCGCCAACUCGCCGGUUUGCUUCCAGACCUGCACUUCUCUUUUUCUCUCUGCCAACCAAACGCCCACCGCCUCUGCCGAAGCUCUCUCGAGGCACCCACUACCGAAAACCCCUCUUGCCGUCCCAAAGCUUGGUGCGGGGUGUCGUCAUAACCGGUUCUUUGCUCUAGGCGACAGAUACGUGCUUCCUAUCUGGAGUCCGCGCGCACGCACGCCAUAGGAUAGCAUUCGCCAACUCCCAACAUGGCUGUCCCCAUGAACUUCGUUACCUUUAAUCAGGAUCACUCCUGUCUCGCCGUCGGCACUCACAACGGCUACAGAAUAUACAACUGCGAUCCGUUCGGCAAGGUCUACGAGAACAAGGAGGGGGAUGUGUCCAUCAUCGAGAUGCUCUUCAGCACCUCAUUGGUGGCUCUCAUAUUCUCGCCGCGGCGAUUGGUGAUAACAAAUACGAAGCGUCAGACGACAAUCUGCGAGCUCACGUUUCCGACUUCGAUACUGGCGGUCAAGCUCAACCGGAAGCGGUUGAUAGUGGUGUUGGAGGAGCAGAUCUAUGUCUACGACAUCAGCAACAUGAAGCUGUUGCACACGAUCGAGACGUCGCCAAAUCCCAAUGCUAUCUGCGCGCUAUCCCCGUCCUCCGAUCGAUGCUACAUCGCGUACCCGCGUCCGAGCUCGUCGAACCCGUCGCCGUUUUCGCCGCCGUCGCACGCGCCACCCGCCGCCGGGCAACCCGCGCCGUUGACCGGAGACGUCCUGCUGUUCGAUGCCAUUCAGCUCGAAGCUGUAAACGUGGUUGAGGCUCACAAGUCACCCCUCUCCCACGUGGCCCUCAACAACGAGGGCACGCUUCUCGCCACGGCUUCCGACAAGGGCACCAUCAUCCGCGUCUUUUCCGUGCCCGGCGCGCAGAAGCUCUACCAGUUCCGAAGGGGCACAUACCCAUCCCGCAUCUUCUCCAUGUCGUUCAACCUAGUGUCAUCUCUGCUGUGCAUAUCCUCGGCGACCGAAACAGUCCACAUCUUCCGUCUGGGUGGCGGCGCGCCCCAGAUCGUCGACUCGCACAACUCUGGCAACGGUGGCGGCGGUGACGCCAGCGGCGGCUACUCGCCAACCGACUCCAUGUCCUCGUCACCCUCGAAUCACGGCGGCCCCGCAGCAGCCGGCUUCGAGCAAUACGAAGAGAACGCGCGACGUCGAAACGGCGCAGGAACCUUCGGCUCGAUCAUCCGCCGCUCGUCGCAAAGCAUUGGGCGCACGCUCGCCGGCGCCGCUGGCGGAUACCUCCCCAACGCCGUCACGGAGAUGUGGGAGCCCGCUAGGGACUUUGCGUUCGUCAAGCUCAAGAAACCGGGCGUCAAGAGUGUGGUCGCGCUCAGUAGCACGAGCCCGCAGAUCAUGGUGGUUACCAGCGACGGUGACUUUUACGUCUAUAAUGUUGACAUGGAGCGCGGCGGUGAGUGCGUGCUCACCAAACAGUACUCGCUUUUGGACUCUAGUGAGAGGAUGGGUCAGAGCUUGAUGUACGAAUAAUCGAGACGUGCUGUGGGUGUGGCAGGUGUGUGGAUUGUGGCGGUGGUAGUGAUGGCGGUGAUGGCGGUGAUGGCGAUGGCGAUAUCGGCCGUGCUGGGGCUAGCUUUUUCUUUGACACUGAUUCUAUCUGAAUUGCAAUUGGCGUUGGUGUUGACUUUUUUAUUUGAUCUAUUAUUAUUUUCCUUGCUUUUUACUAUGGAAUUUGAUUAUGCAGACGUCAACAUAUGUUUUGCGUCAAUGUGCUUCGAGUGAUCACUUCGCGGAACGGUGUAAUGGCAUGGAG